AGCAAAGACAGGGAUGGGGUAAGCUAGGCCCGUGCAGAUGCCUACAGAUGGGACGAAGAUCCCAUUAGGGCUAGAUGACUAUGGUGGUUUGCCACAAAAGGUUAGAAGACAGAUUGUAGUCCAGUUGCGGGAGAAUCUCCCAGAUGCUUACACAGCGUGGGGACAGGUCCUUCGUGAGCUUUGGGACAUGUAUUGGAAUAUAUUCAGUCAAACAUAUGAAUGGGAUCCUACGAUUGAGAAGACUAUAAAAGAUUUAUGGAACAUGACAGCAAGGAUCAAGUUCAAGCAUGCACUUGGUGAGUUGAAAGCUAAGUGUGCAAAGAGAAACUUUCAAGCUAAGCCUCCAGAUAUGAAUCCAGAGUUAUGGGCGAAGCUUGUUCAUUUAUGGACUGAGGAAAAAUUGACAGUUGAAUAUGCUACUAGACAAAAAGAAGAAGGAUUUGACCCUACAAUACCUCAUGGUGAGAUAUUACUUAGGGCAAUUGGUGGGGUCAAGAAAGGAUGGUUGAAAGAUUUGGAUAUUCACACACAUCCACAGGAUAUAGGUGUGAGUACAUCUAGACGAGAACCAUUCAGGCCACCUAUUAUAGGACAGUCUAAUAGGACUAUCGAAUUAGAGCAAACUAUUGAAUCAUUGAAGGCAGAUAAUCAUAGCCUUCGACAAACACAAAUGGCCCUUUUAGCAGAUAAUGAUAGCUUACAGCAGUAACAGUUGACCCUUACGACACAGAUGCAGCAACUCUACCAGCAUUUAGGGAUAACCCCAGCGGAUACCAGUGGGACAGUCACCCCUAUGACACCUCAAGAUAUUUAGGUUUUUCAUAUUUUAAUUAAAUAUUUGUAUUGAC